AUGAGGGGAAGAUUUCUUCUCAAUAUAUUUUCAGAAAACAUUUAUAUUAACAAGAAUCUCAUGAAUAAACUUGAUUCUGCACACAUGGAUGUAGACUCUCCUCUAGCUCCUCAAAGGAAGACCAUGAGUCAUGAAAGUUUUCACAGAUUCUUCAAGUUGCUCCUUCAUAAUAUUUUACUGAUGUUGAAAAUUUUAUUCUCUAUUGCUCUGAUCACUUUGUUUAAAAAUCACUCUCAGCUUCUUGAUGAAAACACAAUUACAAAAGAACUGAAUCACCCUGACUUGGAGUGUACAAAACAGCAUUCACUAUUGAAAGUCUGGAGCUGUUGCCCAAAGGAUUGGAAGCCAUUUAGUUCCUACUGCUACUUCACUGCAACUGGCCUAGCAUCUUGGAGUGAGAGUGAGAAGAAGUGCUCCAGCAUGGGUGCUCAUCUGAUGGUGAUCCACAGCCAGGAAGAGCAGGAUUUCAUCACCAAGAUCCUGGAUCCUAAAGCUGCUUAUUAUAUUAGCCUUUCAGAUCCAGGUCAUCGACAAUGGCGCUGGGUUGAUCAGACACCAUACAAUUAAAGUGCCACAUGAGUCCAGAGUUACCUAGAGGAGUCCUGGGUCCUGUAGCAGGAGAAGACUUUAGGGUGUUCCAGCUGUUGGUUAUGAAACUAAAAGAGCUCACUCCUGGUGUGAGUGCUGGGGAUGGAGUUACUUUAUCCCCAUUUCCUCAUCAAGGAGUCCUGUGACACAUGUCACUGAUACUCCAGGAUAGAUGAGGAAAUUGAGUUUGAAGAGUGUAGCAUGAUAAGUACCCAGGGCACCCAAACAAGGUGCUACAUCAUGGUGAAUUUUCUUUUGAUACCAGUCUCUCUCUAUGUUUAACAAUAGGAUUUAUUUUAUUUUCAUUUGUGUGUAUAUCUGUGUCUCUCUUGAGUGUGUGCCAUGUGUAUGUGUUGCCCAUGGAGCCCAGGAGAGGUUGUUGGAUUCCCCAGAGCUCAGGUCACAGGCGGU